UUUAUUAACAAAGGAAAUGUCUUUCCAUUUGUUCAGCUGUUGAAUGAAAAUUCCACCAUUGGAAGGAAUUAUAAUUCCAAUGUAAAGUCAUUGCUAAAGCUAAACUUACAAAGCAGACAAAGUAAUGUGGAUUAUCAUUCCAUUUGUGUGUUCCAAAUGUUAAGUACUACUAAUCUUCCUAUCCAAUUAAAUCAUUGGAGAACGAUCAAACUCCCUGUUCAGUUCCAUAAAUGUUAAAACCACCAUUGCCCAUACAAAAUGCGAGCUUAUCCCAAACCCUAUUUGCUCUUCUUGAAAAAUGCAAAUCAAUGGCUGAGCUUAAGCAGAUUCAUACUCUUCUACUCACUUAUGGACUUCACCAACAUGAUUCUUUCGCCUCCAAAAUCAUUUCUUUCUCGGCCUUAUCCCAUAUGGGCAGUGCCGAUUACUCCUUUCGAUUUCUAUCGCAGCUCUCCUAUCCAACGACUUUUAAUUGGAACAUAGUAAUACGAGGUUACGCUAAGAGCCCAAAUCCAAACCGCUCGAUUUCGAUUUUCAUCCAAAUGUUGCGAAAUGGGGUCAAGCCGGACCAAUUUACUUAUCUUUUUCUUAUAAAGGCCUCUUCUUCCCUGUUGAAGAGAGAGUUUGGAGAGAUAGUGCAUGCUUUGGUUGCCAAACAUGGCUAUGAGACUGAUAUUUUUAUCCAAAACACUUUGAUUCAUAUGUAUGCUAGUUGCGGCUAUAUUCUAUAUGCACGCAAGGUGUUUGAUAAUUUGACUCAAAGAAACGUGGUUUCCUGGACUGUCAUGAUGGAUGGGUAUGCAAAAUGUAAGGAUAUGAAUUCGGCAAGACAAGUGUUUGAGCUGAUGCCAGACCGGGAUAUUGUGUCUUGGAGUUCUUUGAUUGAUGGGUAUGUUAAAAAUGGAGAGUAUUUGGAGGCUUUGACCUUAUUCAAGAGAAUGCAGUAUGUGGGAAUCAAAGCAAAUGAGGUGACAAUGGUGAGUGUCUUGUGCGCUAUUGCACACACAGGUGAACUUGAGAAUGGGAGAUUGAUGCAUAAUUAUAUAGUUGAGAAUGAAUUGCCUCUUACUUUGGUGCUGAGAACAUCACUUGUGGACAUGUAUGCAAAGUGUGGGGCAAUAGAUGAUGCUUUAGAAUUGUUUCGUGGAGGAUCAAUGAGAAAAACCGAUGUUUUGAUUUGGAAUACAAUGAUUAGAGGAUUAGCCACACAUGGUUUGGUAAAAGAGUCACUUGACCUGUUUAAGGAAAUGGGAAUGAUUCCAAUUGUCCCAGAUGAGAUUACGUAUUUAUGUCUGUUGAGUGCUUGUGGUCAUGGAGGAUUGGUAAAGGAAGCAUGGUAUUUCUUUGAAUGUCUUAACAAAAAUGGCAUGACACCCAAGAGUGAGCACUAUGCUUGUAUGGUGGAUGUUUUAACACGCGCAGGACAUGUUGCUGAGGCAUUUCAAAUUGUCUUUGAAAUGCCGAUGAAGCCAAUAGCUGAAAUAUUGGGUGCUCUUUUGAGUGGGUGUAUAAACCAUGGAAGACUAGAUCUUGCAGAAAUAGUUGGUAGAAAGCUUAUAGAGGUGGAGCCAGAUCAUGAUGGUAGAUAUGUAGGCUUGUCAAAUGCUUAUGCUAUUUUCCAGCAGUGGGAUGAAGCAAGAAGGAUGAGAGAAGCCAUGACUAGGAGAGGAGUUAAGAAGUCACCUGGUCGUAGUUUUGUGUAAACAAAUAUUUCUCGAGUAUUGUUAUAAGGAUUGAUACUCAUUUGGUACACUGUAUUCUUGCAAAGUUAGUUUUGGUACCCUAAUACUCAUGUAGUAUUCAGAAUUUACAUAUCAGAAUAAAAUAGUAGUUUAGCUCAAUUUGGUUAACAAA